AUGUCACAAUCUCUGUAAAGACGGCCAUCACAGCGUCGCAAUUCUACAAAGCCAUCGGUUUGACAGUCGGUGUGCUUUUUGGCUUCUGCAUUGGAACCAUAUUAACAUAUAUUAUCCAAUGGUGUUGUCGAAAAUGCGGGGAAGAAAAUGCAGAGAAUAUAUUCAUAGAAAACAGAGCACGACAGAUAUGACAACCGGAACCAAGUGCUGCCUCCCAUGUAUUGGUAUGGGAAGCUCAUCACGAAACAAUUCAACUAAGCUGUAUGGGAUCCCUCAACACUACGGACUGUUCUAUGCCAUGGGACUUGCAAUGAUCAUGGAGGGCAUUAUGAGUGCCUGCUACCAUGUUUGCCCAACUUUGUCGAAUUUCCAGUAUGAUACGUCGUUUAUGUAUGUGAUGGCUUGUCUGUGCAUUCUGAAGAUCUACCAGAACAGACAUCCAGACAUCACUACCAAGGUUCAUACCUACUACCUUGCGAUGGCCGUCAUAAUCAUUGUGGCCGUGAUUGGACAGUUGUACAGUACCCUUGCCUUCUGGGUCGUAUUUAUGUGCGCCUACAUGACUUUCUCACUUCGACUCAGCAUAGAAUUCUACUACAAGGGCCGCUGGGAAGUUCGGAAACUUGUUAUAGAUUGCUUCCAUGGCCGGUGCUGUAAAACAAAUUUAGACGGUGUCAGAAUUGAUCAUAAGGAUCGGUUGUGUCUGCUCCUCAUUGGAAACUUAUUCAGUUUUGGAAUCUCGCUCUACGGAGUCAUUAAACAGCCGCAAAGCGCUGCCAUGGUACUGUUGGUUGCGUUAAUUUUCCACCUGACACUAUAUUGUGCUUUCUACAUCUUCAUGAAGCUACUACAGAAAAAGCAGACAAAUGGCGAUACCGUAAGAUGUGGAGAAAAAAUUCCGUGGUAUACCUGCUUGUUUAUCCUCCUAGCCGUGAUUUUCUGGGGUUUGGCAAUUUGGAUGUUCGUUGCAAAUCUCACAUCCUGGCAGGAAUCCCCGUCAGGGUCGCGGGAGCAUAAUGCGGAGUGUUGGUUCCUAGGUUUCUACGACAAGCACGACAUCUGGCACUUCUUCUCGGCAAUUAGCCUCUUCUUCUCCUUCAUGAUACUGUUGACGUUUGAUGAUCAUGACACGGUUAGUAAAAAGUCACGAGACAAUAUACCAGUCUUCUAGAAAGAUUGCCACAUCAUUGAUUACAUAUUUCAAAUUGAAGACAUUGAAAACAUGUAAAAACUAUAGUGUCACUUUAAAGCGUAAACAUUUUUUUUUAAUUCUAUUAAUAUAACUACAUUAAAUUGUCAAACUUUUAUCCAUUAUUAUUAUUGUUAAGUUGAUUGGACAAUGACUUUGAUUUAUUGUAUAUUUUAGUAUAUCAUACUUUUUAGGUUACGUAAAUGUUUUGUGAAUAAACUUAACCCAACCCCCUAUCACGUCCGUAAACCAGAUUAAACCCCAAAUCCUUUGCACUGACCGUUGGAAGGCAGUUACACCAGUUUUAGUGUGCGUGUGCGUGUGUGUGUGCUGUAUGAUUUUAUACUGUGUCGCAUUUGGCUCAAGUUGUUUGGCAUGCAUUUGUAUAGGACAAGUCUUCUUUGGUUUUUUUAUUGCUGUACAAUGACCAUUUGUCGUAAUCAAAAUUAUAUUUAAGCAAAUGUGUAAUAAGGCAUGUAUGAUUCAUUGGCAAAUUUUAUUCGUGUCAAGUGUAAAUGUGCAUUGGAUUGGAUGUAAUUAUAAAAAUGCAUCUAUAUAACAAUAUAUUGUUAGUGUGACAACAGUGUACGAGUACAAAUACAUUAUAGUAUUUAAGUUAUUAUUUAUUAUGACCACGUUUUCGCAGGUAUGCAAUUGGUCCAGUUUCAGCACUUUAUAGAUUCCAUCUUGUUUUUAUGAUGGAUACGUUCGGACUUGACUUGCAAAAUGAUCUUUCAAACUCGGACUAUAUAACACGGAACGCACGCACGUUAAAUACGGUAAAAUAGUGGACGGCCACGUUAGACAAAUGACGACAGCUGAUCGGAUGAUAUAUAAAUAAGUGCAGUCGAAACCCAAUGGCUCGAACUCGCCGGAACCGACAACAAAAGUUCAAGCCAUCCGGAAUUCGAGCCAACCGAUUUAUAAUACACUUAUGUUAACUAACAUGAAUCUGCAAUAUAUUUACAUCUCCAGUUAAAAAGAUUUUAUACUGCC